GACCAGGAGAUCUUUAAAUGCGAUUUCUACAAUUCCACAGAAGCUGGAAAAGUCCUGGCGGACAUGUUAGAAAAAGGUCGUAGUGUACCAUGGCCAAACGCCAUGUAUGCCAUAGCAGGUACAUAUGAAAUGGAGUCUUUACCAUUAUUGAAUUACUUCAAACUACUGGACGAAUGGUUAAAUAAGGAGUUAUUUGAACUUGGUAUAAUAGAUACAGUAGGAUGGGAUCCCGAAUGUACAUGGAAACCAUAUGAAGUAGAUGAACCAACGACUGACACACCAGAAAUAAGUGGAACACCAAUCGUAAGCACGCCUUACAUCAGCAUGAUUGUUACCGGCUUUAUAACUAUGUUCCUCACGCUGUGAAAGGAUCCCGAAACUCGUCUUCGUUAUAUGAAACACGUCAUCGCUGGUAUUUGCUGAAUUGCUGAAAAUGAACUGUACUUACAGAUUUCUUGUAAUUAAUUCUAAUUUAGAAAAAUAAAUUUAAUAUAUUUAAGAUUGUAUUGCAAAAAUGUACUCAUUAUUUUGUAUUACUGCUUCGCCAUUAGAUACAGGUUUGAAUAUUGGUACAGGGUCAUCAGUAUCGACCCUUACGUAUACUCUUUUGAUUCAUGUUUGUUUUGAUAAAUAAUAUGACCAUGUUUACAAAUACCACUAAGUGAUUUUCCUUAAUAGACACCACAGAUU